UGUUCCCUGGCUCCCCUUUGUCUCAUAACUCCCCGCCCUGGUCUGGCCUGCCUUCCCAGCCGCUCUCCCUCCAUCAGCCUGGCUGGCUGGCAGGAGCCUGGGACUCCACCCGUGGAGCCCUGGUCCUGCCGACCCACCAGCUUAGGAGCACCUGCCAAGCUCUGGGUCAACGUGGAGGUGCUGGGCCACCAUGCUCAGUCUCAAGUUGCCCCAACUGCUUCGAGUCCACCAGGUCCCCCGGGUGUUCUGGGAAGACGGCAUCAUGUCUGGCUACCGUCGCCCCACCAGCUCGGCCUUGGACUGUGUCCUCAGCUCCUUCCAGAUGACCAACGAGACGGUCAACAUCUGGACUCACUUCCUGCCCACCUGGUAUUUCGUGUGGCGCCUCCUAGCGCUAGCAGAGGGCCCGGGCUUCCGCGCGGAGCCGUACCACUGGCCGCUGCUUGUCUUCCUGCUGCCCGCCUGCCUCUACCCUUUCGCGUCGUGCUGUGCGCACACCUUCAGCUCCAUGUCGCCCCGUGCGCGUCACAUCUGCUACUUCCUGGACUAUGGCGCCCUGAGCCUCUACAGCCUGGGCUGCGCCUUCCCCUAUGCCGCCUACUCCAUGCCGGCCUCCUGGCUGCAGGGCCGCCUACACCAGCUCUUUGUGCCCGCCGCCGCAUUCAAUUCCUUCCUGUGCACCGGCCUCUCCUGUUACUCACGGUUCCCCGAGCUAGAAAGCCCUGGGUUCAGUAAGAUCCUGCGCACAACAGCCUUCGCUUAUCCUUUCCUGUUUGACAACCUACCGCUCUUCUACCGGCUUGGACUGUGCUGGGGUAGGGGCCACAACUGUGGGCAGGAGGCACUGAGCACCAGCCAUGGCUACCACCUUUUCUGUGCACUGCUCACUGGCUUCCUGUUCGCUUCCCACCUUCCUGAGCGGCUGGCACCAGGACGCUUUGACUACAUCGGCCACAGCCACCAACUAUUCCACAUCUGUGCAGUGUUGGGCACCCACUUCCAGCUGGAGGCAGUGCUGGCUGACAUGGGAUCGCGCCGAGCCUGGCUGGCCACACAGGAACCACCCCUGGGCCUGGCAGGCACGGUGGCCACACUGGGCCUGGCAGUGGCUGGGAACCUGCUCAUCAUUGCCACCUUCACUGCCUCCCUGCUUCGGGCCCCUGGUACAUGCCCCCUGCUGCAGGGUGACCCACCGGAAGGGAGUACCCAGGCCAAACAACAAUGAAGCCCCGUCCCUGACCCUACCCUGGAGUGAGGCAGAGGCCAGGCCCUAGGGCUGGAGAGGAGCCCAGACCUGGGUCUGAUAAGGUGGGGGCACAUCUGAGCCUGGAACCAUGAGUGACUGAGAAGAGAGGGUAGAGAAGAGAGUGCAGAGGAAGGGUGGUUGGGGGGACUGGCAGAGAGUGAGAAGGACCGUGAGGGGGCUCUUAAUGGGAGUGGGGUAAGUGCUGAGGGUCUGAGAGGACAGAUAUGUGUGUGUCCAGGCUGCAGCUGCCCACAUGCCCUGUCAAAGUCUGGGGUGGGGAGGUGUCGGAACCCUUUCAUCUGGCCCCAUUUCUGGUGCUCCUGAAAGUCUCUGCUCAGCCCAGGGAAGAACUAACACAACUAACCUAGGCCUACCCUGAAUGCCUGUUAACCAGGCCAGGAGGCCACACACUUGCCCCCAUAUCUGCAAACCAGGCAGCACUGUUUGCCAGCAGCUAUUUGCCUGUAGAGAUGAAUCUGUCUGUCCUGGUCACAUCUGUGUAUGCAAGGUGUCCAGGCCUUUGGGGGCUGGGUCUAUCUGGGUGUGUCAUGGAUGGUACAGUGGAUGAGAUGGGGUAGAGGGGAUGUUGGGCUAGAGGAGGAAACCCUAGUUAGACUUUAGAAAGCCAGCUUCAAUGCUUUUUAGAACAAGGCAGGCACAAAUAAACACUAGACUUUGGGAAGCA